AUGGAUGCUCUAUUGAAAAAGUUUAAUGAGAAUCGUAUAGAUACAAAAUUUAAUAUUUUACAGAGAGCCUCAAUUGAGCAAGAUUAUAAAUUCGACGAGCAUUUCUCAGUAGAUCUAAAAGAUUAUGAUUCAUGUGGUCAGUAUUAUAAGUUUUAUCAAACUCGUCUGAGGGUUUUAAAAGAAAGAACAAGAAAUCAAUGUUUAAAAAAAUGGGAUGCUGGAUUCAAAUUAAAUGGUAAAACUGUUGUGGAGAAGAAGAAAGUAUUAGAUAUACAGGCCAAUCAACCAUGCUGGUGCAUAGGUACCAUUUAUUGUGAGAUGAAAUAUAAACCAAAUGUUUUAGAAGAGGUAGUUAACGACACUUAUGGUGCUCCAGAUUUGCUUAAAAGCUACACUGAUCCAGAUGGCACUGACGAAAUUAUGUUAGAAGAUGAAAGUGGUAGGGUAUUAUUGGUCGGUGAUUUCUUACAAUCAACUCCAUUUGUUACGGGAACAGUGGUAGGUUUGUUGGGUAUGGAAGCAGAGGCCGGUACUUUUCAAAUCCUUGAUAUCUGUUAUCCUAGCGAAGUUCCACAAAAGGAAUAUCAAGUACCAACUUCAGAUGAAGAAAAAUAUAUUGCAUUAGUGUCAGGAUUGAAUGUAUCAACAAAUAAUCCUGAAAACUUAAUAAAACUACAAUUACUGCAAGAAUUGUUAAUGGGUAGAUUACAAAAUGAAAAAAGCAUCUCAAAUAUUGGUAAAUUACUUAUAUGUGGUGGAUCGAUAGAUCCUUCUAAAAAUAAUAGUAAUAGUCAAAAAACCAUGGAAUCAUUGAUCACCUUCGGUAAUUUUCUAGGGAAUACUUUACAAUCGCUGCCUAUAUCUAUUAUGCCUAGUACUAGUGAUCCUAGUGAUAAAGCAUUACCUCAAAGACCAUUCAAUAAGAUCUUGUUUAGCGAAUUGUUAAAGCCAUAUUUUGCUGAUAUUAGUCGUGAUCUACUUCACCUAGCGACAAAUCCGUCAAUCUACGAAUUCAACGGCAUUCGAAUUCUUGCAACUUCAGGUGAAAAUAUUAGUGAUAUUUGUAGAUAUGUUAUUCCAGGCAACUCAUCUGAAAAUGAAUCCAAAUUGAAUUCCGUUGAACAUAGAUUAGACUUAAUGGAAUGCACAUUGAAAUGGCAAAAUGUUGCCCCAACUAUCCCUGACACAUUAUGGGCUUAUCCAUUUAUUGAUAAAGAUCCUUUUAUCUUGAAUGAAAUGCCCCAUGUAUAUAUAGCUGGUAACCAACCACGUUUUGGUACUAGGGAUAUUGAACUUUAUAACAAAAAGGUCAAACUUAUUUGUUUACCAGAAUUCAACAAAUCCAGUUCAUUGGUAACGUUGAAUUUAAAAACAUUAAUGGUAGAAAAAAUGGAUAUAAAAAUAUAG